AUGGCUGAGAUCCGUCGUAAGCUCGUCAUCGUUGGCGAUGGUGCCUGCGGUAAGACUUGUCUCUUGAUCGUUUUCUCGAAAGGCACCUUCCCUGAGGUCUACGUCCCUACCGUCUUCGAGAACUACGUCGCCGAUGUUGAUGUCGAUGGCAAGCGUGUUGAGCUCGCUCUGUGGGAUACUGCUGGCCAGGAAGAUUACGACCGUCUCCGUCCUCUCUCUUACCCCGACUCUCAUGUCAUUUUGAUCUGCUUUGCCGUGGAUUCGCCCGACUCUCUCGACAACGUCCAGGAGAAGUGGAUUUCUGAGGUUCUUCACUUCUGCCAAGGCCUUCCCAUCAUUCUGGUCGGUUGCAAGAAGGAUCUUCGUCACGAUCCUAAGACCAUCGAAGAACUUCACAAGACCUCCCAGAAGCCCGUUACUCCCGAGCAGGGCGAGGAAGUCCGCAAGAAGAUCGAUGCAUACAAGUACCUCGAGUGCUCUGCCCGAAGCGGCGAGGGUGUUCGCGAAGUCUUCGAGGCUGCCACCCGUGCCGCCCUCCUGACCAAGACACCUAAGAAGCGGAGCAAAUGCAGCAUUCUGUAA